UUGGAAAAUUAUUGUUGUUUUAAAUGUGGUUUGGGCGAAGGGAAAAAAAGGAGGAAAUGUUUGGAUAGUUGCAGAUGUCCUCUCUUUGUUCAUACAAAAUGGCCGGUGCGUCUUCUCUUGUUCAUCAUCUGUCAAGAGGCUAAAAGUUUGAUUGAAUUUGCGUUAUUUUCGGGGUUGAGCUCUUCGUGGAGAAAAAAUGUGAAUGCCUGAGAUGGAAGAGAGAUGCUCGAUGAGCGGAUGCGGAAACUCUAGACCCGAACUGCCGCUACAUCCGUUUCCCGCGGACUUUAAGCAAUGCCUACUGUGGAUGCAAAUCUGCGGCAGACUGGAGCACCUGGAGGAUUUCUCCUACCUGGGCAGCAGUCCAUUUGCCAGGAGGAUGAUCUGCUCAAGGCAUUUCACAGAUGCAGAUUAUCUAGAUCCGCACAACAAAUCUAUGGGACUGAAAGACAAAACUGUUCCGUUUGUGAAUGGGGAAACUGUUGGAAAAGUUAAGAGAGAAACAUUCAUGGAGGAUGGUUCCAAUAUUUCUGUGGAACUGCUUAAAGCUGUAGACGAUCAGCUGAUCGCUCUGAAGCGCAAGAAUUUGAGCGAGACCGAGUUCGUGGAGGAGCAGGCCAAGAUUCGACGGCAGAAGAACGCUCUCAGGGCGGCGCUUAAGCGAAAGGCGGAAACGAGCGAGCAAAGAACGGAGCGUAAGCUGAAGGAUAUCAUAAGGUCGGCGAAGAGACGGCAAUCUGAGACGGAGCUGCAGAGGCAGAUCAGACGGUACAACGACGCUGUGAGGGCGGCAUAUAGGAGGAGCAAUGAAACGGAAGACCAGCGUCGCAGGAGACGUAUGGUGGAUAUAAUAAGGGCGGCGAGGAGGCGGCAAUCCGAGACACCCGAGCAGAGGGCGUCCCGUUUGAAGGCUGACAGGGAAAGGGCGGCGCGUCGCAGGCUGCUCAAGAAGAUCACCGAGAGCGGUUCCGAGCUAUCAUCGGACAGUUUCGGCCCCAAUCUCAUCGAGCCCCACAUCAGUCUCAACGAAAACGUCGUCCACCAUUUCGCGAGUAUCGGAGACCAACCGUGAUUGGAGGACUUGCACAAGCAAUUCAUACACAUGUGAUAGACAUUUUUUCCUUUGUGUUCAUAACAAUACAAUAUUUGUAUUUUCUCUUUUUUUUUAUAUUAUAUUAAUAUUACAAAAGACUCGCUUAAUUACUAUACUA